CCGGUGAGAGCCCUUUCAGCCGCCUGCAGCGCGCGGCUGUAGCCAUCGCCUCUGGGGAAGUCCUGGGGGCGGCGGUGGAGAGCCUGGCGAGAACUGGUGAGAUUAGAAAUUGUUUUUUCAUGAAAUAUUUAUCACGCGGAUGAGAUUCAAGUCAGUAAGCCAGCCAGAAGCUAAUGUCAUCGGGAACACCAACAGAAAGCACCAUGCCCCCUGAUGCACCUGAGGUGGAAGCAAAGGCGAAGUCAUGUGACAGGCAAGUAGAAAGACCAGAGGAAGGCACAGGCAAAACAGAAUGCCUCGAGCCCAUGUCCAAGAGGCAAAGGAAGAAACUACUGAAGCAAAAACAGUGGGAAGAGCAGAAGGAUCUCCGAAGGCAGAAACGAAUAGAAAAACGCCAGAAGAGAAAAUUAGAACGUCAGUCAAAAUCAGACACCAGUAACGAAGGGAAUGACAGAAAGCGUAUGCGAAGGAAAGUUGUUCCCAGCACGCUUCGCCUCAUAGUGGACUGCAGCUUUGAUGACUUGAUGGUGCUAAAGCUUCUGGCUCAUGGUAAAGCAUUUUGUGGUGGUCUGUCUGAAGGACUAUGUAAAAACAAAUUGUGUUGUAUACAGGAUGUUAAGAAGCUUCACAAGCAAAUUCAGAGAUGUUAUGCAGAAAAUCGCAAAGCAUUCCAUCCUGUGCAGUUUUACUUGACCAGCCAUGGAGGACAGCUGAAGAGCAAUAUGAAUGAAAAUGACAAAGGAUGGGUCAACUGGAAGGAUAUCCAAAUUAGAACAGAGCACUACAGCGAACUAAUAAAGAAAGAAGACCUGGUGUACCUCACCUCAGAUUCCCCAGAUGUUCUCAGUGAGCUGGACGAGAGGAAGGCUUAUGUGAUUGGAGGACUGGUGGAUCAUAAUCACCACAAGGGAAUUACUUAUAGAAAGGCUGUAGAGCAAGGAAUUGGUCAUGCACAGCUCCCUCUGGGAAACUUCGUGAAGAUGAACAGUCGGAAAGUGUUAGCAGUCAAUCAUGUGUUUGAAAUCAUCCUCGCGUAUCUGGAGAAGAGAGACUGGAAGGAGGCCUUUUUCAGUGUCUUGCCACAGCGGAAAGGGGCAGUUCCAUUGGGAGAAGCCCAACAUGCUCUAUCUGAGAAAGAAGGGGAAGACAAUGACACAGACAGCAACUAGCCUGCAGAAUAAGAAGAUGGGAAAGAUGAGACAUGCAGUUUGUGGGAUAACACUGAGACACGAAACAGUUAAGCUCUGAAGAUCAUCUGCCCUUGUGAUACUUAAUUGUCUCAACGCUUGGUAGCUUCGGAGUUGGGUCAAAGUUGUUCUUGGACAGAAAGGGUAAAAACAAAUGCAGCUUUUAUCCUGAAACUUCUAUAUUAAUAGCUUUAAAAAAAAUAAAUGAAUAGUAAAUGCAGAAUUUAUUUUGUUUACCAAGGAAGCUAUGUUAUUUAUGUUUUUUUUUUUAAUAAUUGUUUGGGUAUAUUACCCAAAAUACUUAAUCACUGUUUUAAUGUGUGCAUUCAUCUCUGUUUCAGUUCUAAGCAAUGAAUUACAAAUAAUCCUGUGACCUCAAAACCUGUACCACUAGUGCCUGUUGCAAGGCGUUCAUUUAAAAAUAGAAAUAACUCUGAUUUUCCUGAGCAUCUCAACAGACAGUCACAAGCAACUGGGUUGCCUUUAUCAGCUGAGCCACUCCAACUUAUACCCCUGAUUUUAGUUAGUUGUGGUCAGAGGAGGAAAUACAAGUGUGGGGUCAAGCCAUUGCUUAAUGCUUCAGUUUGAGUAAAUGGUUGUCUGUGUACAUGCAAAGCAUGUGCCUUGGCUGGCGUGUGAUACAUUUGUUGGUGCAUGUGCAGUGAGUUCAGGUGACAUGAUCACUUCUUAUAUGUUGAUCAUCGUAGUAAGAUUUAACCUGCAGUGCCAGAAUAAUACCAGAAGUCAGGAUCUCUUAGUUACAAGUCUUAUUCUUCAACUUCAGUAUACCUGGGUUUUUUUGGUUGUUUGUUUUGUUGUUUUUUUCCCCAUUAUGUUAACUGUGUUGUCUGUCAAGUGCUUUGCUUUUUUUUUUUCCCUUUUAAAGCCACAGUUUCUGUCUUGGCUGGAAGCUGUAAACCAGUUUGUUGGUGCUUUUCCAAGUUCAGAAAUGGACACUUUGGAGGUGUGGCUUUGCUUCUCACCUGUGAGAAUGUGCCCCAUUCCCUCUGUUUGUAGUGGCUGUCCAAGUAGCUGCUGGGGCAUUUUGGAAUGUGAGAAAGUAUGGCUCUCACACUGAUUGCUGAAGAGCUAAAACCCACCUUACUGUGACUGCUUGUCUCUGCUGACCUGGAAUCAGAGGAGAUGCAAAUGUGACUUUAUAUCUGUAUUUCUCCCUCUGUUAUUGCUUUUUAAUUGAGAAUGGAACUGGGAUCCCUGCAGAGUCCUCAUGGUCCCUAAAGGGUUGGCAGCGAAGUGGUCGUGACUUCCUAAACCUCUCCGUAUACUUCUAAAAUAACCACAGAAAAGUUUCUUCUUUUGAAGGGGUGGCUUUUUUUCCUCAAGUAGUUCUUGGUUUAGUUUUGUUAGGCUACAUAAGAACGUGAUUUCUUUUGUUCCAGCAAGGUUAGCUUCUUAAUAAAAGCACUGCUGGUAUUAUAUCUGUAACAAGAGCAGUGCAAGUGUGCCCAUUAUUUAUUAUACUGAGUUUUGAUGAAACUUUGUAAAACAUUGAAAUUACAAUGAAGUACAUCUUUACAGCUGAGGCACUGCAUGCUAAUGUACAUAGCACCUAUUAAACCUGGUAUAAGACUC